CCCGCCCCGAGCCGAAGAACGGCAGCCAGAACCGGGCUGGACAAGGAAAGGAAGGGAAGGGCAGGGAAAGGCGAGUGUCCAAGCAGGGCGAUGAGCGACUCAGCCGAGGCUGGAGAAUACAUCUCCCGUCGGGAGAUCCCGCGGCUCUUCGAGAGCAUGUUGACAGGCCUGAUGUAUUACCGGCCUGAAGAUCCCAUCAGCUACCUUGAAGGAUGCUUGAAGAAGGUCCGGGCGAUAGGUGGUCUGGAGAAGCUGCAAUGGGACACGUUCCUCAGACAAGAAGACCUUCAACCUACCGCUGAGGGCUUAAACAAGAAUGCCAUCUUCCAGUCAGGCUCCUCCUCGGCUCCAUUCAGUUUCCACCAGGACGGAUCCUCCGUGCAGAGCCAGUUCUCCAUCGAGAGCGAUUCCGAUAUGACCGAAUCCGCGGGACUCAUCCAAGAAUACGAUGCAUUCGACCCCCAACGCCCCCGUCCCAAGAUCGUGUUUGUGAUAGGGGGUCCCGGCAGCGGGAAGGGGACGCAAAGCCGGAGAUUGGCCUCCCACUUUGGCUUUGUCUGUGUCUCCAUCGGAGAAAUUCUGCGCGCUCGGAUGCUCUGCCGGGCCACCAACGAGAAGAAAUGGGAGCUGAUUGCCAAGAUCAUUGCCGACGGCGAGUUAGCCCCAUCGGAGACGACCAUUGAAGAGUUGAAGCAGCAGUUCAUCAAACAUCCAGAUGCCCAAGGUUUCGUGGUGGAUGGAUUCCCGCGAGACAUCAGCCAGGCCUUUCUGUUUGAGGAGCAGGUUGGUUCUCCGGACAUUGUGGUGUUCCUGGCUUGCUCAAGUCAACAGCUGCGGCAACGACUAAAAGAGCGGGCUCGGGAACACGGCCUCUUGGAUGACAACCCCCAUGGAAUUGAGCGCAGGCUGGAGACCUUCAAGCAGAAUGCUCAGCUGAUUGGGAAGUACUACCAGGAGAAGGGAGCCUUGGUCCGGUUUGAUGCAGACAGAGAAGAGGACGAAAUAUUUGCUGCCAUCCAAUCCUGCAUUCAGCAACGGCUGAAACCAGACAGAAAAAAAAUUCUGGAUUUGACACUGCACAGUUUCUUCAGCCCGUGCCAAGAGUCUCCGAAGGAAGAGGAGAGAAGGGAGCAGACAGAGGAGGUCGUCACCCCAGAAGACUUCAAAAUGGCGGCAGAAAAAUUGAAAAAUCACAAAAUCAUCUUCGUGGUGGGAGGACCAGGCUCUGGAAAAGGAACGCAGUGUGAGAAGAUCGUCCAAAAAUACGGCUACACCCACUUGUCGACCGGUGAUUUGCUACGAGCGGAAGUCAGCUCCGGCUCGGAUCGGGGGAAGAAGCUUUCGGCCAUCAUGGAGAAAGGAGAGUUGGUCCCUCUGGAUACUGUCCUGGAUAUGCUGAGAGACGCCAUGUUAGCCAAAGCAAACCAAUCCAAGGGCUACUUGAUUGACGGUUACCCCCGGGAGGUGAACCAAGGCGUGGAGUUUGAGAAGAAGAUCGCUGCCCCCACCCUCCUGCUGUACGUGGACGCUGGGAAGGACACCAUGGUGAAACGGCUGAUGAAACGAGGAGAGACCAGCGGGCGCGUAGACGACAACGAGGAGACCAUCAAGAAGCGGUUGGACACCUACUACAAUGCCACCGAGCCCGUCAUCGCCUAUUACGAGAAGAAGGGAAUUGUCCGCAAGGUCAACGCGGAAGGCACGGUCGAUGACGUCUUCAAGCAAGUCUGCACUCAUCUGGAUGUCCUCAAGUAAACCCCCCAACGCACAAACCUUGGAGGAGCUUCAUUCCCCCCCACCCCGCCAAGACUCAGAUCUGUGUAGAUGCACCCCUCCCCUCCCCGCCGCUCCGCACUCCCUUUUCAUCUCCAACGACCGACCGCUGGGGGAGGAAGUGGCUUCAUCCUGUUUUCGUGGACAGAAGCCCGCGGAGGAAAUUUGAAGGACAAUGCGCCCGGCUUCCUUAAACCUCCUCUCGCAAAAGUAAAUUUGGCUUUCGUGAGAUGAGAUGUUUUCAUCCUUUGCUUGGCUUUUUUUUUUUUUUAAGGAAUUUUUUCUCGCCCUCCAACGUGGGGUGGUGGAGGGGAGGAACACGUUCUCCUGCAUCUCCCCUCCACAAGUGGAGAAGAUCUCCUGCAAAUUCCAAGAAUGGGUUGAGGACAACCUCUAAGCGUUCCUCGUCUAUCUUUUCAUCUAUCUUCUCUUUAACCUUAUCCUUCUCUUCUUCUUUUCUUCAUCCUCCCCUUCCUUCCCAUC